AUGGAUCAUCAAUAUGGUUCAAAAGAACAAUUCUGCGCCACCAAAAGCCUACCCACCAGCGUGCGCAGCGGUAGAAACGAAUCGGCGGAAAAUUUGCAGAUCGAUCUCGAAUGCCUCUGUGUCGUUGUUAAAAAUCGCUCUAAAUCUGUGCCUCGCUCUGUGCUGCCAGCACACACAAUCGAGGAAAGUGAAACAGCCGGUAGCAAUACCGUGGCCCGUUCGAUACCCAUCACCUACCAAGAUCCAGCCCACGAUCCUUCCCCAUCGGCCGAAACUCCAUCCGCCCUGAAGCAAGAAUCAAAAGCCCUCUAUCGUGUAAGCUGUCCCGGGCUGAGCGAAUGUGUCCCACUCGCCGAGUGUCCCGAGCUACUGCUGGAAAUUUCGCGCCAAUGCUACCGGGGCGAUUUUUCACUUUCGUGCGGCGUCAACGAGUACGAACCGCACGUUUGCUGUCCCCGCGUAACGUCCCCAACGUUUAACGAUCAGCGUGCAACGGCUGCGUGCGGGAAGAGUAUCGUUCAAGGCGACUUCUACAACGGACUCGGGGCGUACCCGUACGUGGCACGCAUCGGAUUCAAAAAUACAAAAACGGGAACGUUUAUCUUCCCCUGCUCGGGAUCUAUUAUUGCGCGGCAGAUCGUUCUCACGUCGGCACACUGCGCACUGGCCAAGGCCGAUAGUCACCGGUUAUCGUCCGUCCGCGUCGGUGACUACGACACACGCACCGAUCCGGAUUGCGGAAGUACGGGAUUUUGUGCACCGGUUGCGGUUAACCACGCCGUCAGCCAGAUCAUCGUCCAUCCGGACUACAUCGAGGGUCAGUACCAUCAUGACAUUGCGCUGCUAAUACUCCGCACGCCCAUCAACUACACCGUGGCCGCCCAACCGAUCUGUCUUCACGGACGCAAACAGGAUCUAACGGUGGGCCGUCGGGUGCAAAUUAUUGGCUGGGGAAAACUGUCCACCAGCGGCACCAAAUCACCCGAACUGCAAACGCUUGAAGUUCCACUCACCUCGUGGGAUAAGUGUGUCCGAGCGUACGCGUCAACCGGUGCACUGCAGUCUCCGCAAUCGAUCGAUGGUGAGUGGAUGUGUGCCGGCGGUGAAGGACGGGAUGCGUGUCAUGGUUUCGGGGGUGCACCGCUAAUCAUCCGGGACCAGGGCCGUUACGCACAGAUCGGCAUAAUGUCGUUCGGGGCGGAAACUUGCGGUGCACUAAAUAUGCCAAGCGUUUACACGUCCAUCGCUCACUAUGCGCCCUGGAUCGAGGCAAACUCACCAAAAGCGUUUGUGUGA